AUGGUUUACACCAAGACGUCAAUCUUCUUACUUUUCUUCAUCAUCGGCACGUCAGUAUUUCCGAAUGAUAGUUCAAUAGGGCUUGCAUCCGCGAAGCCUCAAAAUUCACUAUAUACCUGGAAUCAACUACCGCUCCACGACAUCAUAGAUCAUUCUAAGCGUCUAGCAAGUCAACCACCCAGAAACAACAGGGGUCCUAUUGUAUCCUACGCAUCAAUCACUAACAGCGAAGACAAUACUAUUGUUAAUGAGAACAUAAGAGGUUCAGUCACUUUCGACACAUCUUCACCUUAG